AUGGGUCUAAUAGGCGUACGAGAUCCAACUGGAUGCCUGUCGGUUGAAAAGGAUGAAUAUGGGGGCUCGGAAGGAGCAAACUUGACUACUGCGACAUGGCAAAUGAUAAUGAUACGCAAGAACAAAGCGGGCUUGACAAUCAGACCCAGCUCAGUCCAGACUCAAACUCAGAUUCAAACCCAGCAGAUAACUACUCCUGAUGACAUCGGUACACUGCGAUGCACAGCACAACAUACCUCACCAAGGUUAGAAGGCAAAGAGCACAAGACAAGAGGUAAAGGGCCAAUGAAAGAAGAGGCAUAUCAAUCUGCUAAAUCUAAUCUGGUAACUUCAGUGGCUACCUACACAGUUACGGCUACCUACAACUACAGCUCCAGUACAGUAGAGCAGCUAAGGUAG